UUGAUGCGAAUAGUAGUAACAAAUAAUAAUUGUAGGGACUGACAAAGGGCACGAUGAAGAAUCUUUACAAUGUGUACGAUUACCACUUUGACGACAGCCGGCUUCCACUAUAAAGAGCAUGCCCAAAACAAACAACAAACUGGGCGUCUCUCUGUUUUUAUUUUGUAUUAGCCUAUCGGACACUUCCAAUGUCUACUCUCUUUCUUUCUGAUAUGAAGUUUUUGGAUAUGAAAAUGGCCAACAUAGCUUUGCUGCUUUGUUUUCUCAUCCUAGCUGCUUCUUGGCCUUCCAAUGUUUAUGCAACCAAGGACAAAGUUGGUAUAUAUCAGCUCAAAAAGGGUGAUAUUUCUGUCAAUCUCACCAACUGGGGUGCAUCAAUUAUCUCCCUUGUUCUUCCUGACAAACAUGGAAAGCUGGCUGAUGUGGUUCUUGGGUAUGAUUCAAUCAAGGAUUACACGAAUGAUACAGCAUACAUUGGUGCUGUUGUUGGGCGGGUUGCUAACCGAAUUGGUGGGGCUCAAUUUAAAUUGAAUGGAACCCUUUAUAAACUAGUUGCUAAUGAAGGGAAAAACAUCCUUCAUGGCGGCAAAAUAGGUUUCAGUGAUGUUGUUUGGAAAGUGAAAAGGUAUAAUAAUAAAGGUCCUGCUCCCUACAUCGUCUUCACCUAUCACAGCUUUGACGGUGAACAAGGAUUUCCCGGUGAUCUCCUAGUCACAGUCAGCUACACCCUCAUUGGAGACGAUCAAUUGAGUAUAAAAUUUAAAGCUAAAGCUCUAAACAAGCCCACUCCAGUAAAUCUUGCUCAACACACAUACUGGAAUAUUGGAGGCCACAACAGCGGUGAUAUCCUGUCGAAUGAAAUCCAGAUAUUUGGUUCCCAUAUCACUCUUGUAGAUAGCAAUCUUAUUCCCACUGGCGAAAUUGCAUCUGUAAAAAGAACGCCAUAUGAUUUCCUCAAACCAGAUGUCAUUGGAAGAAAGAUCAACAAGCUACCUCAUGGCUAUGACAUUAACUAUGUUCUUGAUGGUGUCUCGGGCCACAAAUUAAAGCCGGCAUCAGUGGUAUAUGAUAACAAGUCAGGAAGGGCGUUGAAGCUGUGGACAAAUGCACCGGGUGUGCAGUUCUACACAAGCAAUGGUCUGAAUUACGUGAAGGGAAAGGGUGGAUUUGUGUAUAAGCCUCAUGCAGCAUUAUGUUUGGAGACUCAAGGAUUCCCUGAUGCAGUGAAUCAUCCUAAUUUCCCUUCAACAAUUGUGAGUCCUGGAAAGCCUUACAGUCAUCAGAUGCUGUUUGAGUUUUCAACUAAAGCCCCAUUUGCUUAGACUAGGAUAAAGGACAAUAAGUUGCUCUUUGUAGCUACAGUUCAUGCAAAUUAGGCCCAAACCUACAAAUGAACAUGGACAAGAUAAAUUAUUCUAAUUUAUGGUUGGAACUUAAAAUUGUAUCUUUCUCCAACCUUUUAUAA